CAGCUUGUUCUGUACCUUUAACCACCCUAAGGCGGUGUGCAUCGCAUUCACAUUUGUUCUAUAAGAACAAUGGAGAGGAUUUAUUUAUUUUUGUAUUUAUUUAUUCAUUUUUGUAUUUAUUUUGUCUGCCAAUUUACUGUCCCACACUCCAGUCCAGUAGGUGGCGGUAAUGCGCCUUCAAGUUAGUUUGCCAACCGCCAAAAAACGCCAUUGAGGAAGAAGAAGAAGAAAUGUAGUCCCGCAAAUGCUUUUGACUGACUUGAUACAGGUGAACGAGUCCAGUCUUUUGAAUACAUGGCUUUUGUUUUAUCUGCUCCUUCAGAACGGCUCAUGAAUGAUCAAACCUUCUUUAUUUAUAUGAUUAUGGAUAGAAUAACGACUGUUCCAUCUAAGUCCUGUAAAUUUGUAGUUUUUUGCUCUGAACAGAAGAGUGCCAAAUGUUUGGUAAGUUAAAACUACAGAUUUAACGCACUGUGUCACAAUUCAGUUGGUAGUUUUGAGGUAAAUGGUGUUUCCACUUAUUUAAAAAAAGUAAUAAUGAAAUGAUGGCCCUAAAUUAGUUUUUCACAUUGAUUAAAAAAAUCCACCACCAUUUGUAGACACGUGCUCCCUGAGAAAAAAAAGUGCUUGUUCUGUCUGUCCGACGGGAAACAAAAUAUCCCAAACUGUUCUUGCACCCCUGCAUGCCCCUUUUUGUCUUUGUCUUGACUGAAGCUGUAAAUCUGAGAGCCUGAGGCUGAAUUUCUGUCCUCUGUGGCAACCUUGGUUUCUACUGCUGAUUCAACCUGACAGACAGUCAAUUACGCAAACAAGAGCAGAAAUGAAUCACUGGUGCAGUAUUGCAGAGGCCACCGGUCUGAGAAAAGGAAGGACGUCACAGCUAAUUCUGUCCCAUAUAUAGACCAUUGUCCAGUCCUGGACCUAUUUAUUAAUCUGGUCUCACAAGCUUCAGUGAGGUGGACAGGGAGGGGAAAGCAAAGCACUACCUGCAUCUAAAUGAGCUGGAGCUGUGUGACUAUAGAGGGAGGAUGACAUAAACACACAGGAUACUAACAUCUGCAACAACACGUGUCAUUUUAAUCACAGGAAGACAUCACUCAAGUAUUUCCCAGGUGACUUCAUGCAAAGUAACGACUUCUGACUUCUGAACACAUUCAGCGAAAAGCUGCCUGCUGUUAAGGCUCAGAUAAGCCUUGUUUUCUUUAGUUCCUGUAAAUUAUUCAGCACCACCGUAUGUUUUCACCAAAAGACACUACAUGUGUGUGUGGCUGGGCUGUGUGCAUUUGUGUGCAUGCUUGUGUGUUAUUGUAAAAAUCUAGCUGUUUGUUAGCUUGCAUGCUGUCCAGUUUCCUGUUUAGCCGUAGGGGAUCCUUGCUGUGCAUCAGCUGAUAGAUAGGUUUGAUUUACUAUUCACUUUCUCAUCUCUACAGGACUGACCUACAUUCAGCAGCUACUGUAUGUGUUUGUGUGUGUGGAGGGGGGAUAUAGAUAACUGAGAUAACAGAUAUGCUAUACAACUACUCACACAGUUUUAUCCACUGUUUUGUUAUUUAUCCUGUGCGGUUUAUCUUGCGUUUUGGUCACGAUGUAGGUUUAUCAAAGUCACCUAGCCAUCCAUGGGUAGUUUUUGUCUCAGUUUGUUACUUGUACAAUGUAUUCUGUGUCUAAUACAUGUAGAUAUUAUGUGUGGAAAGCUCCCUGAUAGACCUUGACUGUAAGCAAAGAAGCAAGUAUACAAGUAACAUUUUUAGUUUUAGUACUUGGCCUAAAGUAGAAGCAGUGACAAACACAAGACUUCAGUGAGAGAUAUAUAACAUAUCAGAUAGACGAGCAAGAAAGAAUAUGCUUCAUACCUGUGGGCGAGUUAAAUAAAAGAACUACCUCUCUGCAGGGGCUCCCUCCUGCUCUGGAAACGUCUCAUCAGGGAGCCACACAGUGCUUCAAACCCAGAAGGGGGACACUGACAGGCUGCUUCUUCAUCAGAGACUCACUUCAGGUAAAUAAUUCAUCAAUAAUCAGUCUAUCAGCUUGCAACAGAAUACCUUCCAGCUCCCAUCAUUAGAAGACAGUCAUUUAUGGUUCUGCUAUAACUGAUGACUGUGCUGGCGUUUGCCACAGAGGUCCUAUAAAGCUGGGAAGGCAUGUCUCAUAGAGAAGAAUAUGGUUAAGAUGGAUACAUGAAAGUGUGUGGUGCACAGCUCUGCCUGCACUGUGAUUCAGUUAAAGAUGACUGCUGUGACCUUAUACUGAGAGUAAAUAAAAACUGCUGUCAGUGACAAACACAAAGUGAAAAAGGAAGCUUAAAAUGGCAGCGUCUACGUAGAGGUCCUCAUCCUCUGGUGUGUGUUUGUAUCAGCUGCCUUGUUCUGGCUGUUGUCAGGGUGGUGUCAUUCAUUUGUUUGGGAUUGAAAGUUAUGAAUUUAAAUACCAGAUGGAUUAUCCAAAGAGGUUUAAUGUCAGAGAGUGCGUGUGUAUGUGAGUGUCAAUCUUGGUUAGCUGUUUUGCUUUAAACUCCUGCCUUCACAGUCUACAGGAGGGUGUGCUUUUGUGUGUGUGUGUUUUGUUAUCCAACCUCCAAGUGUGUGUAUGUGCAUGUAAUUGCACCAAGUUUGUGAAAGUGUGGCACACAACAACACCAAAGAGCUCAUCCCACAGGACAGCCAGAGAGAAAGAGUUUAACCAGCCUCACACCUGCGGGAAGAGUCUUUCUCUCUCUUCCUUUCCUCCUCAUCUCCUUCACCUCUUCUUCCAGAAUAUAAUAUCAUGCCUCAAUUGUCUGCACAUACUGCUAGUUUAUUUGGCUUUGCAAGCAGCACAGCAGGUAAUAACUGGGAUAUGAGCCAACAGCAAACAAACACCAGAAAGCCAUUGUGGAAGAAAUAUUUUUUCCCUUGCCUCCUUUUUGCCUGUUGUCGCUUCACACUAUAUUAACAGUCUGAACCUGUGAAUUAAGCUGUGAAGGAUUAUGCCGCAGUGUUUGUGGAAGGCUAGUCUGGGUAAAUUAGCUCCAGAGGGUGCAAGUGAACCAUGUGAGCACUAGUGGGAGCCAUUGCAUUACCAUUCCUAUUGACUUCUUGCAUGUAUUGAUCCCAGCAGUAUCUGUGAGGGGAAAAGAACCUAUUUGCAGUCAGAAUCCAACAUAAGGGCCCAAAAUGCCACAAAAAAAAAAUAAAAAAAAAAUAUAUAUAUAUAUAAAUAAAAAUAAAAAUAAAUAAAUAAAUAUAUGUUUAUUCAAAGUGAAUACACAACAUCUUAAGCAGAGUGCAGGCCAAGGAUGGUUAAUAUUCGUCUGCAUGUUAAAUUACAGUUUGGCUUUUUGACAUUUUUGUGCAAGUAAGGCUGUACUCUCUCAUUGCUGUGGGUAGUUUCCUCAUGCUGGCUACUUUUGGUUAUAAAAAUCUCAUCCUAUGCUCUCUCACUCUUGUGGAAACUUACAAAUUGCUUAAGUUAGGCAAUCAGUUAGAAAGAAAGAAAGAAAGAAAGAUAGAUAGAUAGAUAGAUGGAUGGAUAGAUAGAUAGAUAGAUAGAUAGAUAGAUAGAUAGAUAGAUAGAUAGAGUGCGAGUGAGUGAGCGAGCGAGUAGUGUGUAGAGGGGUUAGGAGGAUGAAUAAGUGUGUAAUUCAGAACCACGGACAGCUCAUAGCACUUUGAUUUAGCUCUGCCCUGACACCAGAACGUCUCUAAAUGAGCGUGUCUGCUAUUAUCUUGUCGUCAUGCAAAUCUAUGUUGAGCAGCAUACACCACCACAUCUUUGAAGCUGCCUCUGUGAGACGACAUAUAAUAAAAGUAAUAAGGGAAAAUCAUAAAUAUUCCCUUCGGUGUUUCAUAUUCUGUGGUAUUCAUUAGAGACUUAGGGGCAAACUUGUGAUAAAUAACACUUUUGAACAAAUUGUCAGUGCUGUAUGAGGAAAUCAUUGUUUAAUGUUGCUUUAAUCGCAAAAUUAUGUAGAAGAUACUAAGAAGAGGGCCUGAGGUGUUUGCUUUAGGCAGUUCUGUGAGUACAUUUUGCAACACUCUGCUGUACAAGCAGGGAUCAAGCAGACCUUUCGAUGAUGAAAAGUCAUUGUUAUUCUGGCUUGUGAGCUGAGGGAGCCGUGAUAGAAAACAUCCUGGCAAAUAAACAGAGGUUCAUUGGCAACAAUAGAGGCUCGAACAGAGCAUAGAAUUAUGCAAUGAAAUCUAACAGGCCUCUGUGGAGCAACAUGAGCUGAAGAACUCAUAAAUGUUUUAGGACCUGCUGGGGUAAUCUGCACUUUUGCCGACGUUCUCGGCUUGUAUGCUGAAGCCCUUAUCGUGCCAAACAUAGAACCAAUGUGCCCUGAACUGCAUGCCACGUCCACGCAAAACACUGAAACACAUUACAGGCAAAAUGAAGAGAGCUGCCCUUUUGUUUUCACUAAUACACAAUGACAGUCGGAUGGAAACAGCACCAUCAAACUCCCGGUUGAUGUGGUUCCUAGUUUUUGAACUCAUCCUGCCUUUGCAGCCCUCAUCUUCAGAUCUGCAGUACGGUAUUAAAAAGAAAUACAGUCUGAGUUGCCCUUACAUCCUAACAAACCUCCUGCUGUUGUCUGCUGCCACCUUGCAAAGCUGAGUCCACCAGAUAUUUCCUCAUUUUUGGGCCGCUUCCUGCAUCAUACCUGCUCUUCUUGUACAUACAGACCAGCCCCAGAGAUACAUCAAAGAUAACACAAGAGCAACAGGCCUGCAGAGAGUGAGAUGACAUGCACUCUAAAUGGACUUUCAGCUGUAUUUGUUAGUCUAUGAGAUAACUGAUGUUUGCUUGGAGCUUAGCUCAAAAUAUGCAGAUGAGUGUAACAUGAGAUAAAUGCCAAAAACGCAUAUGGCUGUUGAGAUUUAUCAUCCUGGCUCCUUCAUCUGCUGCUCCCCUCACCUUGAGAUGCGCCAAGGCUGAGCUUGUCCUCAGGGACAGAAAACUCCCUGCUUUGAUAGUAAACAACUCUGUCUGAAUUUAUUAUCAUCUGCCACAAGUGUAUAAUCACAAAGACCAGUCCCCCGUCUACAUUUCCAUAUUCAUGCAAAUGUUGCUUUUGCAAGCAAAUGGUAAUUUCUUUCAUUUUGCUGCUUGAAUUUUGCAUUGUCAUCAUUUGUAAUUGGAAUAGACAAGGCAAACCCACAAAGCUGCACCAUACUCAUCCCCCCAGCGACUCGUGAUUGAUUAAAAAAAGUAACACACUUCUCUGUUUGCAUUUAAUAAAUUCUGACUCAGAAAAUUAGCUACAUACCCCUUUUUAACUUCUCUAAAUCUAUUUGGGAAACCAUAUUCACAUCUCCCCCCCCCAGAUUUAUCCAACAGAAGCAAACUGGGGACAGCAGUCACAGAGAAGGGAACAGAAUGUAUUUCAUAGUGCAAGAUGUAAACAAGUGUUGGACCUGUCUUAAGCAGCCUCAGUGCUGUGACCAGAUCACUGCUAAUGACUCUGGAGCCACAAACAGUAAUGAAUGCAAAACACAUGAGGGGACUUAAUGAUUGUUUCCCAUCUGAGGGUACAUCUUGAUCAGCUGUUUGAGAUGUGGCUUCACUGCAGCUCACACCGGGUACUGGAUGACUGAGUAACUCAAGAGUAGAUAAAAUACAAAAGCGUUAUUAAUAUUUAUGAGUAGAAUAAGCAUAUGUUCUCAUAAAGGCAUGUUUUAAAUGUUCUUAGGUGACUUUGAAAACAGCAGUAUGACCAAAAAAUUACUUCCCCCUGUAAGCAAAUACAAAAUAUGUGAUCAUUUACAAUGAGAGCUGUUAUUCUGUAUCUGCUGCCUUCAAAUUCUGUCUAUAUGCCAAAGGCAAAACUGGUGGCAAACACGAAUUAGUUGCAGAUAUUUACAGAUUUAUACAAAAAUAUCCCGUCAUCUUCAUUGUGUCAUAAACUGUGUUAAUUUUUUAAUACACUGCUUAUAAUUGCUAAUCAGUGAGGUUAAAUUUAAGUGGUUUCUUUUUUUGUGUCAUAAUGAGACUCGGUCUAUGCGUGUGUUGACUUCAGUGAGUUUAGUGCAGCUCAUCACCCGUUUCCAGCGCCAUCGCUUUAAUCACAUGGAUUCAUUGGCUGAGGAAGCAGGGAAGAGCUGUAAAUGAAUUAACGCAUAUAGCAAUACAAAGAGUCUAAUUACAGUUUUGAUUCUGAAUUAGCAUGGCGUGCUAUUAGCAACAUCAGCUUGAGGAGCGAUUCUGCAGAGCCGGGACUCGCUCUGUGCUAAAAGGGUUUUUAAGCUAUCACAUUGCAUACCAGCUGCCAUACAACAUUGUUCCUGGGGUUAGCCUGUGAGCAGAUCUAGAUCCUUGAAUCAAUUACCCUUCCAGUGCCUACAAACCCAGAUCCCAUUUCUCUGUGUCACGCUCGAUAAAAGCUAUUCCCUGUCUUUCUGCGCUGUCUGUCCCUGAGCGCCCAAGCUGCUUCUCAUUUGUCCCAGCUGAUCUUAAAAGCGCUGGCUAUUUCACUUUUUUGUGAAGUGAUUUAGAUCUCCAGCAGGAAUAAAAUGAGUCCCCAAAGUAGGAGUGUCAUUAUUUAAGGCCUGACUUGAACGCAUCACAUUUAAGGCUUGAGAUCACUUGUUUUCAUCCAACAGAAAAAAAGGGGGAAACUGUCAGGGAACACAAGGAAGUGAAACAGUAUUGGCACCAAAAGUUCGCCACUACAUCACUCACUGACAUGUUUGUCAAAUUUAAUUUGAUUGAGACACUUGGCAGAAAUUUCAUCUCUCCUCAGCACUACAAGCUAAAAAAGGGCACUUCAGCUCAAUCGGAGAGUUUUGAUUUUAUUAAUGGAGGUUGUAUGAGGUGUUGUCAGCAGUGACAGAACAAGUCCAGCGGAGAAGCCAGCCAGAGAACUGACACAGAGGCUAAGUUCUGUACCACCGUGGAGGCAGGUGUGCAUCGAUACUCCGUAGACUGGGCUGGUCCAACUUGAGCACUGACUGAUGCAGGAGUGGCAUGUAGGAUGUUUGCACACAAAAACUAAUUAAUAGCAUUUAUAAACCCUUCUGUCUCCACCAAUAAUAUCUGUAAUCAUUAUAGCCUGUAGUUAUCAACAGUAAGCAUUAUGUAAAAAUAUGCAGCCUGUGCAGUUACAUCAUGUUUUAAAUCACUGUCUAUGUUGUCACCAACUUCACUGUACUGCUCUACAGCAGCUGACAUGUAGUGUGAAGACCUCAGGAUUUACUGUGGAUCCAAAAGACAACACAAACCUCUGUACUCUACAAUGAAAAUGAGCUGGUGGCCUAAUUAAACCAUCCUCUCUGUAAACUUUUGGGGCUUUCGCUCCUUUGAGUAUAUUUAUCCUUGCUCGUACAGUCCAAAGCUUGUUGCUUGGAUGCAGCAGUCUUUUUAAUUGGCAGUAUUGAACACAGCUCUGCUGCUGAACUCACGUAUUGCAAAUGCUGGUGACUGUUGGCCUUUUUUUACUCUUUUGUUCGAAAUAUUUUGACAUUUUGGCCAUAGAGUUGCUAAAGCUGAUUUAACAGACUGUUUUGUGUUUAUGCUUUUGUCUUUGAACCACCUGUGCCUGAAGAGUUAUUGAAAAGGGAUCAAGUGAGAUGAUCAGCUACAAUGGCUGAUCACCGAUCAAGAUAAAAAAGUAGUCAAACUAUGUUGAUUUCUUUUUUGUAUACAUAUCACAGUUUUACCUUUACCUCAGAUGGCUUCUUUCUUUUGCCCUUUUUGAAAUAUUUAAUUGUAUGGGUGUUGCAGUCAGGAGUUGGCAAAAAAGACACAACGCUUAAAAGAAAAUAAAAUUUUAUGGAAAGAAUAAAUUGAUGUUUACAGGGGAAACAAGAGGAUACUUUUAUGAACCAGUGGAUUUACUCAGCAAAGUUAGACAGGCUACAAGAGGUACAAGGAAAAUCCUCAGUUGUUGGUAAGUUGUUUCAUUCACUUGUUCAAGCGCUAACCUUUUCUGGGUAAAGUAGGACUCUUUAGUGAUAACCUAUGUAGAUCAUUUUGUAUUAUUUGGUACAACUCUGUUGAUAGAAGAUGAUAAAACUAAGAAGAACUUUACUUAUCCCCAAAGGGAAAUUCAAUAUGAUGGAUGGAGUAAUUCUUUUACUUAAUGAAGAGUGAAGCCAAAACCCAGUUUCACACCAGGAAACUCAUUGUUAGAAGGGUCUGGAAAAACUCAAGCAUCAACCGUGAGGUCUUGGGAAAAGUUUAGUUUUAGUUUGUGCUGGCCACAGCACCAUCUGAUCUCAACAGCUGAUCCAGAAUGAGGACACCACAGAAUCUUUUGGAUGGACUGUUGUGUGUUUGAAAACCAAUUGAAAAUUGAGAUAGGCCUGAUUAAUCGAUUGGUUGAUUAAUCAGACCGACUAAUGGCAUUGAGAAGCGCUCAUGGUAUCGAAUUUGGCCCUUACAAGGCCAGUGUCAUGACAGUCUUUUCUGUAGGAAAACAUGUUUUUCCAAUCCCCAGUAACCGCAUAUGAAAUCUUAAACAGUCUCUGGCUAGAGUGAACUGUAAAUUUUGUAUGAAUGUAUAGAUUGAAAGUUUAAUAUUGCUUCCGAUAGAAAUAUCAGCCCUGCUCUAAAACCUGUAGUAAAACACAAUUCAUUAAAAGUCCAUCGUAACAUGGCACUGGCUGACAAAACCAUGUAUAUUACAUUUUAAUUUACAUGGACUAAUAGUUUUACACAUAACAUUAUUUUUUAUUUCAACCACAAUAUUUUGAGAUAUUCUUUCUUGAGAUAUAAAGAAAUACAUGUUGAUGACUUUAAUGGUCCACAAAAGUAAACAAGACCAUGAGUGACAAGUUUGACAGUUUAUCGCACUUUAAUUUCCUCCCCUGUGUGCCUUGUCCACAGGGGGGCGCCAAACCUCACACAAACCAGAAGUUAUUCAGGAGCUUUAAGAUGACUGAAUUGAAAUAAGUCCCUUGAGGACACAUUUUUACACGGCCAAAUAGUCUCCUUUUAUAGCCAACAACAACAACAAUGCGAUAACGGCCUUCCUGCUCUCUUAUUUUGUGUAUUGGCCAUUGAAAGGGGCUGUACAUAAUUGGGUAAACAGGAGCUGUGCACUUCUUUUGAUAAGAACCUUACCCAACCCCACUUCAGGAAACCAGAACCUUCCCUUUAAAGAGCUCAUUCAUACUUUGAUGUUUUUGUCUUUUCCUAAAAAAAGUCUCCCUUUAUUUCUGUGGUAGUACAAAAGUUCAUCUGACGACCCAUUUUAUGCUGAUAAAUAUGCUUUAACAUGCUGAUGCUCAGCAAAUUCAUAUUCAAAUGAUCAGAGGCUGUCACUACCAAAGAUACUGUAAACCACACAAACACAUGCAGGCGCACAAAGACGUCUUUCUCUCUGCACAGAAGCUAGUGCCAUGUUUCCUUGAUGAUGAUAGUGCAGCAUCUCCUGUGCUGACAACAAAGUCCUACAUGGUCCCCAGUGAAACAGAUGGAAAUGUUCUUCAAGCCCUUGCUGUCAACAAAAUAAGACUGCCAGGCAAAAUAAGAUUGUUAACAAAAAGAAACAGUUGCACAUGGGGAUAGAGUUGUGGUAGCGUGAAAAACAGUCACAUAGAAGAAAAACAUAUUCAAAGAGAUCUGUGGAGAGUGUCGAGGUAAGUGGUUCACGGGUUCAAAAUGAAUUCAAGACAAAAGAAAAGUGAAAAUUAAAUUAGAAGUAUUCGUAAUAAUUGAAACUGGGCUGCAUAUUACAUCAUUUUUUAAAUGAGAACAACUUUAGUGUGUCAGUGGUGAGAGAGUGGAUAAAAAUGUAAAACCUUCCUUUUUCCUCUGGUUUCCAAUUGACAUCAUUUAAAGUGGCCUUUCUGUGCCCUCCCCAGUCUAUAUGGACAGCACUUGACACUGAUCAGCUGAAAUCAGCGGCAGCUUUCCUUGAAGGUCACAUUUAGUCAGCAUUGUUCCCUUUUCUCCAUGAAUAUGUAAAUUGUCUUCAUUUUUUCCUUUUUUUUUUUUUUUGCUCCAUUGGAGAUGAGAUCAAUUUGAUGCCGAGGGGGGAUUGACUCUUGGACUGUUAAAUACCUCCCAAAUCUCAUUGACAUGAGUGACAGCCACUGCCCUUCUCAGGUGGUAGAGUGAGGGGAAUAUAAGGGGAGCUGAAUGAGCAUAUGUGCGUGAGUGUGUGUGUGUGAAGUACAAGUGUGGAGAUAAAGAUGUCACAGCACAGCUUGAGAGGGGUAAUUAUCAGGAGUAAAUCCUCAUCCCCCUUUAAUUCAGAUUUGGUAAAUUGCCAGAAAAAGCUACAGAAUUUCACAGAAUUUUAAUGUAGAGAAAACACAGGGUGCAGAUAUUUUCAGCACAGUAGGGAUAAACAAAAGCUGGAUUUUUCUGAGACCCCCACACACCCACAAACCCACACACAGAGCAUUCCUUAAUUAUUAAUGCAGGUGUGGAUUACCUCUGCAGAGAGGGAGAGUUUAGGAGGUACAUAGGUAAAAAGUGAUCCAUUUCACUCUAUCUGCCCCCAUUUCCUGUUCCCACUUUCAUCUCCAUCAGACCUCCUGAGCCGUAUCAUCCCCUCUAACUCCCCAGGAGAACCUUUGAACCUGCUGCCCUGACACACACACAAACACACAUUGGUAGCUAAUAACCAGCUGGGUGCUGAAAGGUUUCCCUCCUUCUUUUUUUCAAAGAGGAGGUUUUAACCCCCCCGCACAGCUCUGUCUGGUCUGUCCAAGCCUCAGCAUGACUCAGUAAAGCCUGUUUGUCUCUGUUUGAAAGACCAGGUAUUGUUUCCAUAGCCAGGAUCCUCUUACAAUGCACAACAAAGAAAGGCCACCAUACCCACCCUACACACACACUCGCAGACAAACACACACACACACUCUGCAGGGCAACAGACAGAGUUGGGUCCUGAGAGCAGCAGCCACAUUUUUCCCAGGCGUCUGCCUAAGAAGCUUCAAGGGGAAUCAAGUUCUUUAAAGAGGCAGAUGCAGUGUCUGCCUCCAUGGUGGUUGGAGUGUCUUGUUUUGUAUGACAGUCUUCAGUAUUUUCUGCUCCUCAAGGGAAUUUAUUGGUGUUUUCAGAAGUUGACUCCUGCUGCUCUUUGGGAGUCUAUCUGAUGAGGUAGGAUAGCGCUUAAGAAUAAUGAAUGAAUGAAUGAAUGAAUGAAUGAAUGCAGAAGUUGUUUAAUCAUCUUGUCUCCAUGUGUGUCAAAGUUAUUUUCUCAUAUGAUUUAUUUUCUUUAAAGCUUGAAAAAAGAAAUAAAGAGCAAACACUUUUUCUGACAUGAUGUGUCACUUAUAGUUCCAUUUUGUAAAGUCAUGUGGACUUGAAGUUCCUCUGGACCAAAAGAUUACAGUCCCAUUCAUGUAUUUUCUACUUUGUUUAUAAAAUCAACUAUUGUUCCCAUCACACCCCAGACACCAAGCUGCCGACAUUUCUUUCUAGCCAUCUCCAAGGUUUCAUUAAAUCCGUCUUUUUUAAUUCUUGGUUCUGAUAGUUCUGUAAGAGUUUUGCCCUUUUUAAGAAUACUGGUAGCCCCCAAAGCCCCUUGAGACCACUCCUCUUUCAAUGGGCUUUUGCUGCUUUCAGAUACACAGUCUGCUUGGCUUUUAAUAGGCCAGGCAUUGUCUAAAGGGGGCGACCCUCUGACUCUUAAGCUCUUUAUUAAUAACUGCAGACAGACUUUGAGAGUUGACUUAAAGGGAUUGGUUAUUGUUUAAGGCGGGGUUUUGUGAGGCACUUGUCAAUUUUAAGUCUCUUAUCCUCAAGGGAAGAUAGCUGACUUUGUCCCUUUGUUAAGAAACUUGUGAGGAAAGGACAAUUGAUGCUCUUCAUUGACCAUGACAGUCUGAUCUUGGAGGUGUGGAUGUCAAUGUUGGAAAUGUUAUUGUUGGCAUUAUAAGCUAUACCAGGCAACAGCAGCACACUACGUCAUAGUUUGCAAGUGAAAGCAACAUGAUAACCUGUCCACAGAUGGAGCUUGCACAAUACUUUCAGCUUGGGAUUUCGAGUUUGGGUAUCUGAGGUUGCCCAGAAUUUCUGAUGACAGUAUUUUAGGACCCCUCUGAAAUAGAAGAUACCAGCAGCUUACAUGUGUCUGCAGUCUGCAUCAGAAGUUGGAUAAGAAAAACAGAAAAGCUAAUAGCAUAAAAAUCAGUGUAUGAGGCAAAAUUCAAGUUGACUUGUACGUCAUUACCCCAGCAAGAUGGUCAAUGCACUGCACUCAGAAGAACACUGACUCAUUGUGUCAGCAUAUUGGGCUAAAACUAAUGGCCCUCCUGAUAGGAACAUAAAGCACUAAAGUUGACCUUGGGUCCGAGUCUCUAAGAGUUAGCUAAAGUGGGGAACACAUUGUGUAAUAGGCCUGGGAGAAUUGGGCCCAUAACACACCGAAGCACACCAAAAGAAAGCCUUCGUCCACACGUCCUUUAUUGCUUAUCUGAGAUACAUGCAGGCCAAACUAAAGUCCCUGAAAAUUUCACCAGAGAUUUAACAUCUUAAGAUGAUAAUGGGAUUCCUAAAAUCACAACAAAUACCAAGGGUUGAAAGUGACAAUGCAACAAUGUCAGGAGAACAAAACAAGUGUUUACUUCCCCAAAUUGUGCAGUGUUCACAUCACUUCAAUAAAGGAGGCAGCAAAGUAAUAAAACGGCCCCAAGUAAUGACACUAGAAGAAAGCAAAUAUUUCCCUUCAAAAAAGCGUAAUAUCCACAUGUCGCUAUCAAACCACAACGUCGAGAAUCUGAGAAACUGGUGAGAACAGAGGUUUCUUCUGCUCAAGUCAAUAUCAGGAGGAAGUUAUUGUCUCUCCAGAACUCACUCACCUAAAUAUCACAGAUUUCUCUGAGGAGCUGAACUUUGAGCUUUGUUAGCAAAUGCUGUAGUAAAUUAAACUAGAGCCUUUGGCGGUGAAAACCUCCCAUGUUUAAUCUAAUAUUAUCCUCACUUUGGGGGGAAAAUAAAGCGAUGAAUUUGCCUUAUCAACAAGUGUUCCUUCUUCUGCAUGGUAUGGGUCAUGACCUCGGAGCACACACUUCGCUGGUUAAAAACUGUGUGUGUUUAUGUGCUCUGUUAAAGCAAGUGGGUCCUCUCUGUGUGUCCUCUCCUGAUGGCCUCGACAUGCUCUGCACCUCUUCUCUCCUUUCAUCAGUGCCGCCCUCAGGGCCCCUCCUCGCCCUCCUCAACUCCUCCAUCUGUUUCAAUUAGCCCUAGUGCAGGGUGGAGCACAGGACCACACACACUGUUAACGGCAGGUGCACCCACAGUGUUACAGUGCUGACAAACAGGAGUCACUCUGUGCCCGUCAGGAGGUACACUGCCACAGAGACGACAGCGGCACUGUCAUGGUUAGAGAGGAGCUUGUUGAGGGUAUUUUGGCGAUGAAAGGACUAUUUGAGCACAUGGGGGAAAUCCGUGACAACCAGAGCAUCAGAGAUACAGUCACAAGAAUACAACCGCAAACAUCCUCUUCAUAUCUUUCACCCUGCAUUAGUGUGUAUGCUCUGUGUCUGUGUGUGUGUGUGGGAAAAGUCUGUAAACUCUUCACUGGACAGUGAGGAGACCCUGAUUUGCACUGCAACAAGCAUCUGUUUGUUCACAGUGUAAUGUAUUGUGUUAACACACAGCUACAAUGUAUCUGAACAAAAUGUUUAAUUUAGUGCAUUUGUAUCUCUUGCAGUAAUGAGGACAUCUGGUAUGUAGGCCUACUCUGUCAGGCUCUGUGCAAAUUAAGUGUAUUUAAAGGAAGGAAGGCUGCUGCAGAGUAAACCAUAGCAGUGAGAUUUACUGUCUGCAGAAUUUAAACAGCUGGAUUCUUCCACGACCUGAGGCAUCUGACAGUGUCAGAAUCAGACUUAAAUCUUUGGAAAAGAAAUCCCAUACUUUAAAAUUACUUUUACAACCACAAGACAGGAUCAACUUUUUAAACUCAGUGUGUUUUUAAUGAAGCUACUGUAAACAUUUGAAUACCAUUGUCUCUGCUACCUCAUAGAUACAACAAAGAACAGAACUAUGAUUAACGUUUUUCCUAUAGUUUUUAAUGGCUGUUUAAUUAGUUUCUAGCUGUAACAGUAUAUUUAUAGAUCUCCACAAGGACAUAUUGUAUGUAUUGUGGUGAGCUGGUGCACAACUAUCUGCACGGAAUCAGAUACCUUUGCAAUUUCUGUGCUGUACGCUAUAAGAGCACAACUUUAUUGACAAGCAAAAGAGAACAAUAGCUGGAGGUCUUUAUCUGCAACAGCAUCUAUAUUUGCAAAGUCAAACUUGGCAGCAGAUUUUUUUACUCAAUAACUCACUUAAAAUGUCAUCAACAUACACAACUCUCUGAAAUUACCAACUGAAAAACUGUACAGUGAUUAUAAUUCCUUUAACUACCUUUUAACAUGAACUAUUACAGUCCCAUGAUCCUUUUAUCCUCUUGUGUGUGUUUACAGUCCAAGCGAUCACCUGCUUAAGGGUUACUAUUAUAUACUAUACUAUAUACUACUAUACUUUAUAUACUAUACUAUUAUUUUGUAUUUUCAGGCUCAAACCUGCAAAACUUCUCUACGUGGCCAACAGGAAACAGCUUGAAAAGCUGUAAACAGAACUUGGAACACAUGCUCGAAUUUUUGCGAAAGAGGGAUGCAGAAGUUAAACGGAUAUUUGGGCGUAAAAUUAAGUUAGGGUCAAACACACUAUAACACUAAGUUAGACACCCCCUCGGGAGAUGUUUGUUGCCGACCGCUUGCUUCUCUAGUUAUACCAACUUCAGCAAUGACCACACGCUAGCAAUACACAGUGGUCUAUGUCCCCACGUGCAAACCUAAACCAAAAAGCCAAUCUAUAGCCACAAAUGAUGCUCAGAACAGCCCCUAACUUCAUCAACAGUACAUAUAGGGUCCCAGCUAUAGUGCUAUCAUCAAACAUCUUUCUUUGUCUGGCUUCUUUAGCAAAGCAGAAUAUCCCUUUAAGGGCUGUUCCACACAAGAAACUCCUACAAACAAUGAUAUCACCCUUAAAUACUAAAGCAGUUAAUGGACCCCAAAAUUUUGCCAGUUUUCUGCUGGACUGUCCAAGCUGUUACCUGACUAAAUUGCUGUUUUGAUUUUCAGUACUCUUGGAAACUGUGCUGGCACCUGUUGCAUGUCAAACCUGGAAAAGUGAUAUCUCUUGACAUCAAACGCUGUCAAGUAAAACACUUUGACAAGGUGCAACACUCUUUUUGUCAUUAGGUGAAAUAAAACCCUUCUUCUAGCUAAAAGAAGUUUCUGUCUUGAGACUGUCUUGUGUGAAAGCUUGAGGUUUGGAGGAUUUUUAAGCUUUUCAUCCAUGAGAGUUCAGUGGAUUUCAGCUUAAAUAAUUAACACAAGGUCUUUUGAACAGUAAAAAUUGGCAUCACUUCCAUGAAUUUGUCAAACUUAAGGCCAAAUUAUAACUCUGAGAGGCUUUCUAAUUGUGCAUACAGGUCCAGAUGUCUGCCAGCUUGAGUUUCUGUGUGACUGAGUCAUUUCAGGCCUGAAUCCAUCUCUCUGUCCACCAUCGAAGGCUCCCAGGCUGCUGGCAAUGUGGUCAUAAAGGUGAUCAAAAGCUUUCAGAUCUUUACAUCUGUGUGGCCUGCAAAUAUUGCAAGUGUUGCAGCCCUCCUUCCAACAAAGGGCUCUCUUUGACCCACAUGCUCUGCCAAUGAAAUAUAACAGAGGACCUCUACAUCUGAGACUGUCUGACUUAACCAAUGGCAGUCAGGUCAGCAAAGACAUGUCCCCAAGGAUGAGUGAUAGAGGAUGUGAUAGUGCAGCAGAGGCAGAUGCCCCUUUGACUCCCUGUCAAACGCAGGCAGAGAUGCUAAUGAUGUCCUCCCUAAAGCGCUGAAGAGAUAUAGAGAGAAACUCUAAUGACUAUUUCUCUGGUCACCAGCAGACUCGCAGAAAGCUUGUUAAAUAUCACGGCAGACUAACAAGAUGUUAUUCAGAAAGCUUGGAGGCAGCUGCACACAGAAAAGUUAGCAAUUAACAACAUAUGUGCAAUUAACAGGGUCUUUGAUGCAGAUGAAGAACUCUUGCUGCGGUCUCCGGUGUGAGCAUUUCCUCUUAAACACCUGGAAACCUGAAAUCCACUUCCUGCUGUACUCCACAAACAACAACAACUCAAUGUCAUUUGGGUAGUUCUUUUCUAGUGUACAAAAAAUAUUUAUAUAUAUAUAUAUAUAUAUUUGACAGUCUGUAACGUAUGAUUAAUUAUUCUCUAGUGGAGCAUAAGAUGAGAACAUUGAAACUUGUGCAAUGUUUGGUCUACAUUAUACGCCUGAUUCACCAAACUCUCUGCCUCUUUAUUAUUUAUGGGCAUUUUUCCUUUUGUUUAAUAAAAUAGCUGAAAAGAGAUUUGAGUCAAAGGGGCAUGGGGAGGGCAUGUAUCAAAAGGUUAGGGGCCAUAGUGAAACCAUGGGCUAUUAGGGCAAGGGUUUAGCCUCUGUAUGUGGUGGACCUACCAAGUUUAACCUAGCUAAACCGUCACUUGAGCCUUUUUCUGUUUAUUUGUUGCAUACAUGGUACAAGUUAGAGCAGAGUGCUGAACUGCACUUCCUUUUUGCACAAUUACAGUGUAUAAGCGGCAACGCAAGCUUUGCUCUCUGCAAAAUUAGACCAGGAAAUAAUAUUAACCACAGAAUCAAUGUCUGGAUCUGUAGAUCAUGUUUACAGCUUACUUACUGUCUGUGUGUACAGUGGCAGUGUCACAUGUUGCUCUGAUGUGCAGUUUGUUUAUGGCGUUAUGUUUGCAGCAGGUGUGCAAGCUGCAGCCACAAAAACUAGAUCAGAGACCAAAUUAAUGGUCUGUGUUUAAGACUUGAUUCUGAUUGGUUAAAACCCCUUAACAGUGUUGGAUUAUUCAUGAUAGUCAAGCAAUGCCAGGGACAACCUGAUAACACAUAUUGAAUGUCAUCUCUGCCUGUUGAGACUGCAUUAUUUAUUUCAACAAUAUUUAAAUUAUUUUUAAUAUUUCUUUUUAUUCGUUCAGAGAGCUUAAAAGUUUAGAUUCGUGGAUAAUGGCUGACCACUCACCAAACCCCCACCAACUGUGGCAUCCUGCUUUUGGAAAUGAAAUAAAUAACAAACUGUUUAUGUGUGUGGACAUACAAACAAAUGAAUGCAAUACUCCGUUACAAAUAGGAAGUUUCAUGGUGACUUUGUGGCUGUACCUAUAUAAUGAUGAAUGGUGAUGAUGGGAAAUGAUGAGAAUAACUUGUGUAUAUCCUGUGUGACGGAUGAUAUCUAAAAGUGUUAUUGUCCAGGUUAAAAUAAAACACUGCAGCCUUUGAGCACUACUUCAAUGUGUAAAUCCUGUAUAAAAACACACAGGUGUUCCCCACAGAUUGUAGUCCAUGCAAAAACCUGUAACAGUAACUUCACAUCACAGCGCGCGUGUGUGUGUGUGUGUGUGUGUGUGUGUGUGUGUGUGUGUGUGUGUGUGUGUGUGUGUGUGUGUGUGUGUGUGUGUGUGUGUGUGUGUGUGUGUGUGUGUGUGUGAGUGGCGGAGAGUUGGGGCAGGUUGGGGAUUAAGGGGCCUCCAAGAUUUUGUGCCCUGGGGCCUCUGCACCCUUAAUCCGUGCCUGGCAGCAUCUUAAAGUCCUCUUUCCCGUAACUUUCCUGUUGGCCUUUCUUUUCUCACUUAACCGGUUCUGUAACGCUGCCAAAGCCCAUGCCAAGUUGCAUUUUUCAGUUGCUUCAUGUCUGUUUCCUUUGGUUGACACCUGUUUGACUCAGGUCCUUAUGUGCGCUAACAUCCUUUGCCAAUAUCUGUGCUUCUUGUUUCUGCCUUUGACUGGUCAGCUGUUAACCACCAAAUCUUCUACUCGCUGAAUGUUGAAUGUUAUACUAAAGCAAUCUUCCAUGUUGUCUGCUGAUGCUGUUGGAAAGUAAGUUUUUGUCAUGAUGUCAACAGUAAAAGGGGAAAUCAUAAUCAAUGCACUAGCUGUGCUGUAACUACUUUCCUUAGAUGGUUUGGUGUGUGACAUGUGUGAUCAGAUUGUCCCCAGUGUCACCUUUGCUAUUCAGAAUUAAUAUGUCGUCAAGGGGCUUUAUAGAGUGUGAAAAUCACAGUUUGUAAUAUUACACGGUUCAUGCACAUUAACCUCUAUCUUCUCUUCUGAAUCAAGGUUCUCUGCUGAUUUUAUUGAAAUCUGUUUCCAGUUAGCUAAGUUGACUUAAGUCCUGGAAUAACUCCUUAUUUAUCCUUUUAAAUGGAUAGUAUCUAUCUGCACAGUUAGCCUUCCCUGCAAAAGAGAAGAAAAAUCCUCAAGUGAAAAAAAGGAGAGCAAAUUGCAGUUUGGAGCCCUGCUUUCAAACAGAGAAGAGUAUCCUUUCCAACUUGUGCUAUAUCUCUAAAACUAAUAUCUGUCAUUGUUAAUGGUGAAAGGUAGAAUAAUUGGCUAUAUUACGGUCUCUUCCUCUGAGAAUCCUUCCGUGAUUAAGGAAAUUAUCACGCCCCAGUGAUACAGAGAUACAGAGACACUCAGAGAUACACACACACACACACACACACACUUAGAGGGUGUAUUUACACACACUCGAUGUGAAACUCUGAUCAUCACAGGUUCCAAAUGCAUAAUAGAGAAAUUAUUAACAAAGCUGCUGCCAGUUUUCGCCCUGUUAUUCAAAGGCAAAUAAAAAUGCCUUUGACUGGUAUUUUGUUUCAGUAUGCAGCCUUCAUACUUGGUGGAUGAAACAACCUUAUAAUUCUUGGUUGAAAAGCAGGUACACAAACAAAAACUGACAAACAAAAAAGAAAGCUAAUAUAUUUUUGAAGUUUGCAUGUCUAAGCAGUAUUAUAAACUCCAUCUUUCCAAGAAAGGGUUCUUCUGACACAUAAAAAAAUUGCUUAAAACUCCCUAAUAUCUGUUGUGCUUGUUUUUUUGACUGAACAAAAACUAUUUAUAUUUCCCCAAGAUAAAUGUACCCCUCUGUCUGAUGGGGUGUUUCUCUGUAGCUGGAGGUAGAUUCUGACGCUGGGCCUCUCCUUCAUCCCUCAUUGGCCUGGUGAUGCCUGUAAGGGAAGUCACAGCAAAGAAUGAUUGACUGUUUGUCUUUAACCCCCCCUAUCCAGGAUGAGGGAAGCACUGUGGGGCCAGAGACUAACUCAUCUAUCACCAUCAGAUCCCCUCCUAUUCCCUUCUACUGUGUCGUUCACUGCUGAUACUAUUCCCCAAUAGUGAGCUGGCAACUGCAGAAAACAUAGAUAUCUGAGGUCAAUGAACUAAUGGGCAGCCACUGUGGGAGGUUAAACUCUGUGUCUCCGAAAUUAGAUACUGACACAGAAAGUCUUUCUAGCUGGAUAUUACAACUGCGGGUGGAGAAAACAACCAUCAGUUGUUGGAACAUUCACAGUGUAGGUAGAUGUCCUGGUUCUGUAUUGCUCCUAAAAACAAACACUUUAAUUCCUCAAAUAAAGGCCAGUAUUAUUUGCAGCCUGGAUCACAUCCUUCAGGCAGCCCUGGGCACUCUUACUUAUUGGCUUUACACUCCUAUCCUGUCUGUGCUUAAUUUUAUCCAUAUCCAUCAUGAGCUGGAGUCUUAUUAUGGAGUCAGUUUAUGAUACAUGGCACAACUUUCUCCGAGCGAGCUGGAAAAAAAAAACAGUUUAUCUAUUUGUUUGUUUUAAACCAUUAUAUCAUUCUAUUAUUAUUAAUGGAAAGCUUGUUUGUAGUUUGAGAUUAUUUCAAUCGUUAACUAAAGAUUUCUAAAAAUGUAGCAUAGUUACUAAAUACUAAUACUAAAAUAUUAUUAUCACCAACUCUCAGCAGACAGGAAAACAUUCACUCAUGACUGUCUGGAAACAAGUUAGUGACUUUCAAACAAAGACAAUUUGAUAUAGAGGCCUGCCUCCAAUAUAAGCCUGCUUCAUUUAAAGGCCCAGUGCCUUCUACAGUGAAAGCAAAUAGAGGCCCAGAUUUUUUUUAAUUACAUUUGUGACUUGAUCCUAUAGAUCAUGGGUAAAUGUAUGAGCCUUCUGACCAUCUCCAAAUUUUACUUCAAAUACAUCUCCAUCUACACUCUAUUUUUAAUCUUUGUGCUUAUUUUGAAGUUUUACUUUUCAGGAGUAAUGCCAAAAGCAUUUGAGAAGCAAUUUAGUUUAUUUAAAAUCAAAGCAAAAUUUUUCAAAUUAAAGAGCUCAUGAUAAACAGAGUUAAACAUGUUGAAUGCAAGGGUUAACAAAGAAUUGAACACCAGUAGUUCUGCUGCCUGGAGAGGACAUUGCUGCAUAGUUGUGUGUUUUCCUAGAAAUGUUUUGACCUUUUUUUUUAAUUUAAUUUUUUUAAUUUAAUUUUAUUUUUAACCCAAUUAAAGUUGCUGCAUUACCUUAAGGCACAGUGUUACUCAGAUGUUGCUGGCUUAUGUUCAGCAUAAGGUCUGAUGUGUUGCCCAGGAAGGUCACAGCGUUCCCAACACAGACUACACUAUCAUCUGUGCUAUCACAGCGUAACAUCUAAUUUUAAAGGCCCAAUAUGUCUCUAACAGCACUACAGCUAUGCAUCUCAUUUUAGUGGGUUAAGUGUGUACUUGUAAGCGUUUAGUGUAACUUCGGCAUGGCUUCAGAGCAUAUCUAAUGCCGCCCGAGGGGAUGAAGUGUGUGCAAUUAAUGGCUCAAAUUAUACCAAUCAGAAACAGUAUAAUUAUCUAGAAUAUAAUUAUGCAAAACAACAGUGAAAAGGUCAAGAUCACCGCCCUUACAUUUGGGAACUUCAUCGAAAGAAGCGCCAUGUAAGACAUGUACCACUACUGUACAUAUUCUGUUUUUACCACCUUGUAUUUCAAUAUAUUCCGCAAGAAAAGCGAAACCCUUUUUUUGUUGAGUUGGUUUGAAUAUUUGUGCCUGCUGGAGGGUCUCAGUCUCUGGACUUGUUGUAUUUGCACCAACAUAAACUUGUAGUUGGCUACUUGUCUAAAAAUUGUUUUAAUCUGAUUGUGUAAUUUUUCUUUUGUGUACGAGAGUGUAGAAAAAAUAUGAACAAAAAAUCAUGUAAAACUGAAGUGGUUUAAUUCAGUUUAAUAAAUCACAUCAUUCUGAAUCAAUAAUAUAUGGAUACCACUUCAGCUUACACCUUACUUCCACCUGUAUUGCUAAUCAUUUAGUUGGUGGUUCUCAUGCUACUUAUUCCAGGUCGUAUCAUUAAACCCCUCAGGGUCACGUCAGGGCCCCUCAGCGAUGUUGGGAGGAGCUAUGUGUGUCUGUUCCCUGGUUCACCCCUCCUGCUGAUCUAAUCGUCACUGUAAUGACAGCGCUGACUUUGCCGGUGGCUAUGCUGUCCCUUUCAUUUUCACCAUCAGUUUGACUCUUCAUCUUUCUCUUACUUUAUGUUUCUGCCCUCCAUCCUUGAUCUUCAAGGAUCCCUACCAUGUUUAACAUUACCCUGACCUCAAAAACUCACUCAGCUCAGACAUGCUGCUUCUUUUUGCUGCUUCUGCAGUCCUUUUCUGAUUUGUGUCUGACGUUUUUUCUUCCUCUGCCUCCAUCUUUUUUCCUUUCCAUGGUAAAGCAUCACCCUCUGGCAGCUGUGGACUGUAUGUGUCAAUUGUAAUGCUUGUUGUUGUGUUGGUUGAGUUACUCCUUCAUAGUCUGGUGAAGAACAUAACAGCUAGAGCAUGUAGAUCAAUAAAACAAGAAGUUUUAUACAAGGUAUGGAUUAUUUUAUAAUGUUAUUCUUACCCACAUCAUCAGAAAGGAUUGUGUGGUACUUUCAGACGUCUGCUAUUGGCACACUCAAGGCUGUUGUCAUGGCAAACACUCAAACUAUAAUUACACAAAAUGUUCGUAAUUAAAGGAAACCUUGGAUGAAUCAUGUUGUUUAGUGGAGCAGGUUUUUGUGUUUACAUGUGCAUGUCAGUAAAACAAAUUAAAAGUGUUCCCAGGAGUGGGUUUUGCCUUGAAAACACACGGUUUGAAAACACAAAUUAUAUAAAUAUCAUUGAAAAACAAGAUGUAUGGUGCUUUUAACCCCCCUAAAACGCGUCUGUGUGUUGUAGAUAAACUUGAUUGAACUUAUCUUUGUUGUUGUUGUUUUUAUUCAGUUAAAUUCAAACAAACCUUAGCCAACAGUCAUGACUGAACAGGCAUAGGCAGAAGCAAAAAGCUUGCCUAGGCCUACCUUUCACUUUAUCCAAUCAAGCUACACAACUCUAGAGCGCAAAGAAAUCAAUAACAGGUGAGUCAUGAGAAACAGCUCUUCUAAUCCUUUUUUUUUUAACCAUCAUUUUUAAAAACCACAAGGGAAUUUUGUUGUUUUAAUUUUACAUUUGCAUUGUUUUUAUAUUUAACCCCAACAACAGAAACACAUCUCCUUUUUAAUACCUAAUAAUAAAACAUCUGAUCUGUUGUAUUAAAGCUUUCUGCAAGUAACUGUACAAACCAGGUCUUCAAUAAGAUUGGGACCUGAGCCUUGUUAGCUACAGUUAGCAACACAACUGAGACCCAGUAAAUGACCAACUGAAUGGAUAACUAGGGGGUAUCCAGUUUGGGUUAUUAUUAAGCAACUCCCUGGCUAAUACACCAGGUGCUUUGAGGUUGCUCGAGGAAGACCUUAGCUUUAAGGUAUUGAGUGAUUAUCUUCAAGUAUUGCCACUCUUCCCUUUGCAUUUCAACUACAAAGUCAGAGCCAACCCUAACUUUGCACCAGCGCACAGCAGAAGUCAUAGAGUUAUUCCAGUUUUCCAACCUGAGCAUGAUGUAAUCAGAUGAUGGCCGCCAUGUGGCUAAAUCAAGUGUUAGCAGUAGAGCAACAGGGUGCCAUCUGUGCUCAUGCAGCUCAGUUGAACAAUGAUUGCAUCCCUGCUUUUAUUUGACUCAAGUUUUACCCUCUGACAGGCUCUCGAAGCUUGAGAGGGUGAAGUCAUCUGCUUGCACUCCCUGUCGUAAUGCUGCACAAGGUUGUGCUUCAGGUUAUGUAAAUAAGUGACUGACACUCUAUCAACCCUCUGCAGGAUGCAAUAACAUUUCAAACACUGAGUGUAGGAUCUCUGCAGCAACACAGCUGCAUCCACUAUCACAAUCACUUGUUUGCUUUCUGCUGGAUUGUAGAGCUUUUUUAUGGAUGGAUAUUAGUUUUGGUUGAUGUCAGUAAUUAGUAAGCAGAUGGUUGAUUUUUCAUACAUAAAUGUCAACAUCACGUUUUUGUUGGUAAUGUUUUUUCCCCUUUUUGCAUUUUAUAAUAAAUAAUAAUUUGAAAUGAUAAGGCUCAUUAUUCCAUCCUCGUUACAGUGAAAUAUAUAUUUCAUCUCAGACAGUAACAUGUUUUAGAUGGAUUUUUAAUGAUGUAAUGAAAUAGUAAUAUAUACGGCAAUUGAUGUUAAAGCUCCUAUGGGGAGUUUUUUCUGAUUAUUAAUGUUUUGAAAAACACUGAAAUUCAUACCAAUGCUUUUUCAUGGCACCCAAAUACAAUUAUGACCACCAGUGACAAGAUUAAAGGUUUCUAUAAUGUAAUUUCUAAAGCCUGCAACUGGUGCAAGUGGGUCAUGUCAGCUGAGCAGGUGAAGAAACAGCCCUGUUUUUAUAAUCACCAUAUAAAAUAUUCACAAUAAAUAAUAAACAAAAAUAAUCUGUCCAAAGGCAGCAGGAUUAAGUUUUGUUAAAAGAUACCAUUUAUUCAUGUUGAGGACAAGAAAAACAAAGACUGCUUUGUCCACAAGGGGCACAAAAUUUGACACUAACUAAAAGUUCCCUACAGGAGCUUUAAAAAACAUCAUCCUUCUGACUUUCAACAGUCAAAUUUACUAUUUACUGUGAAUACUUUAUGCAGGAAUUGUAAAACCAGAGCUGUUUCUCCAUCUUCACGGCUGACACCUACCCCCUCAUACUGCUCUUGGGCAGAAAUUACAUUUUAAAAAUGAUCAAUCUUAUCUCUGACAGUCAUAAUUUGCUUUUGUAUUUUAUAAAAUGGCAUCAAUAUGAAUUUCAGUCCAAUUUACAAGUGUCAAAAAACUCCUCGCAGGAUCUUUAAGAAUGAUAAAAGCAAGAAAUACUCAAAAAAAUCAGUCAUCCUUUAGGAAGAAGUAAACAUUACACAACAGUAGCCACACAGAAGACGGCUGACUGCAGUGUCAGCUUAGGCUUCGGUCCAUACUGAUUAUUUCAAAUUGCCAUUAAUUGGCCUAAUUAAUCGGCCAACUGAUUGAUCAGUUUAUCUCUGGUAGAGCUUGCACUGGGACAACUGAUUUCUGAGAGGCGUACUGUGAGCUGUUGUAGGUCUGCAAUCUUGAAAGUCGAUUAAGAGCGACCUUUUACUCCUGACAAGUCCAUAUGAAAUUAUUCACUCACCAAGACUCCUGCAGGUCAAAGAGGGCUUGGAGAAAUUUCUGUGAUUGCAUCUCACAGCGAUGGUUUGUGGACCUAUAGUUUGAUAACAAGUCUUCACCCAGAACACCUCAUAUAUGCGCAAAGAACUUUGUCUACAUUUCUAAACACUCUUGUUUUCAGAUGGUUAACUUUUUAAUCCAUUCAUUGAACACUUAUUAGGAGCCCCAAGCUCUCAGCAGCGGUUAACUCAAUUAAGCAGCUCCAUUAUAAUCAGUGAGAGCUGGAACUGCAGCCUGAGUGAUCAUGAGGCUGAUGGAGGCCUCUGUCAAAGCCAUAACCUGCUGUUUACAUGGAGAAAAAAAGGAAGAAAAACUCACUAAAAUAAAAAAAGAAAAAAGGCAAGGUUGGACAUUGAUUGAGGAGCUGCAAUUUACAUGCUGCAGUGAUGGAAGACAAGCUAUAGCUGAACCUUACAGAGUCUGGCUUUACCUCAGCGUUUGACUGCUAUGCUGCAAAACAGUCUCAGGUAUUAGUAAAUGUGCAGGUCGGGGGGGGAAAGACAGGCAGGUGCACAUAGACACAUGGAAAAACAGCAGCCAUGCACAAAUGUGCAGCCAAUCACACACUGAGUGAAGUAAAUGCAAUUACAGAGAACCACAGGGGAGCAUCUAUAAAACAAUACGGUUGUUGCACGUUCAUUAUCAGCAAUAUCAUCCAUGCCAAGCCAUUACAAAUGGAAGAAAAUGUCUGUAAUAGUAUAAAUUUGGUGAUUGCAGCCUCUUUGUGAGACAUAUUAGAUUUCUGAUUAAAUUAUUGCCCUUUGUUUUUAGAUAAACCGACCUAACCUAAUUAACAGUCGGAGCUUGAAGCCCAGUUCUGUGGAUUUGUCUUUGAAGCUGUGCCCUCUGCGUACAGUUGGAAAACUAUGUCUCCUCCGUGGAGCAGUUUCCUUCUGGUCUCUCUGUUUCUUGGUAGAGAACUUACUCUGAUCACGAUUCAGCUGUUGGCCUGAAACAAAGGAAAAAAAGAGACUCACGACUGCACUUCUGGCCUUCCAGAUUGAUUUAUUUUUUCAGGGGGACUCUGCAAAACAUUCCAGAGAUACAUGCUGUACGUGUGUACAUGCGUGAAUCAGCAAUACUUAAUCUUGUCUCACGGGGUAAUUCAUAACUCUGACAACGGCAAGGGUGUUGCGUGAACUUGUACAUUUCUGUGUUCUAUGUUUUUACCAUCAUCUUAGUUUGUUUUGAACCAUCAAUUUUUAAACAAUAGAUAUUAAUAGCCAGCAGCUGUUGUCUCUGGGUUGGUACUGCAUCCAGCAAAUGCUGAUGCAUGCAUGAAAACUGCAUAUUUCAAGAUCUUUAAAUCUGUAUCUAUGCACAGCCAACACAGACAAGGCAUACUGAUUAAUCUGUGAUAUCUCUCUGAUGGAUUUCUCUUUAUCAGAUCUGGACCCAAGUUGUGCCCUCCUUGUCUGUCUGUGCCCUGCCAGAAGUGGCCACUGGAUAGACAUAGCCUAGCUGAAGUCCCACAGCCUCUCAUCUCAUAGCCAGGCAUGGAUCCAGAGCAUCCCUUUAGAGGCGGCAGAUCUCUGUCUCCUCUUUUUCUACCUCUUAGUGGUUCAACGCUACCUAACUAUCAGCCAAUAACGCGAUGAAUUCAGAGUGGAAGCUGAGAGGCAGGCAGAUAGGGGGGAGUAAUUAGUGCUCGGCAUAACGCUGUAGUGGAGUUCUUUGUGUUUGUAUGUGUGUGUGUGAAUGUGUGUAUGUGUGUGUUGGAGGAGAAAUGAGAUACAGAAGUACAGACAGAAAAGAAAAGGGGGGGGGCUUCCUUGUGGAGUCACUGUGCCUCUACUAUAAUAGAAAACCGAGAGAGGCGACUCCAUGUAACGGCUGGGUGUUAAGACCUAAUUAGCCAAAUGGUUUCUUAUGAGAUAACGAUUUUGAUUCAGAAUUCAUAUCAGAGACUGUGAGGUUGUAGGUGACACAUGACGUCAUGAUAGCUGCUGAGAGACCAAGAGCUUUAAAUGUGAGAUUCAAGAUUCUCUUGUGUGUAGGAGUGUGUGCUCUGUGAGUCUGUCUUUUUAUUGACCUCAGUGUGUAGUUUCCUAUCAGAACAGAUGCUCCCAGAAAACUUUCUCUGCGUGAAUAGGUCAGUGCUCGCCGUGUCUUUUAUGAAGUGUCUGUUUCUGUCCUCUGAAUGUCCUGUACAACAUUUGUUGCUAAGUGACAGCUCUGAACAGUAAGGUCAAAGCACAACGGUCUCUAAAAACUUCCUGAAUACAUUGUUAAGUCCUAUAGGACUAAUUAUACUUGGUAAUGUAAGAGCUGCAAAGAUCUUUGGUGCUUUUAAUCCCAUGGAAAUAUGUAAAUUUCUAAGGUGAAAAUUCCAACAUAAAUGAGCAACUUCACCUGAUAAAAUGAAUGUCAUAAUGCUAUUAUUAUUAUUUCCUACCAACUCCCUCCGUCUUUCAGUUUUACUAUCAUCCUUGGAGUCUUUUAGAUUUUUUAGGGGAGUGUUGGGUCAAAAAAGUCAGAUAGUGAACCUAAAUGGAGAUCUAUUCUGACUGAAUUUGACUUUACUUUCUGCUGUUUGUGUACCUCCUGCAAUGAUUGGUCUUUAAACACAGAUUUACAGCAGCAGUAAUGUUGAUGGAACCAAACACAAAGACAUUAGCCAGAGUACACGCAACAACAAAAAGUACUAUAAAGGAGGUCUUUGUUCUCUUACCCGAAGCAAUUUGUGACAAAAAGGUUGCUUGGUUUCAAAGGAGGCUCGGCACCCGGAGUUUGAUUUCUCCGUCGACAUGGAGACACGCAAGAAUCUGUCACCCUGAAAAUGCAGUGAAGAGAAACGCAGCAAUAAUAACACUUUGACUGGAGCUCUAAUCCCAAAACAUCUGACACAAUUACACCGAUUACCACAGGUAAUCAAACUCCGAACAGCACACACAAACACACAAACAAACACACACUCUCCUUAGGUAUCAGUAGAAACAAACAAACUCACUGAUUUUCUGCUGUAUUUUUAUUUUAUUCUAUUUUUAUCUCUUGCAAACUGCUGCAAUAACUAAUACUUUGCUUAAAAAAAAAAACAGGUAUGUGCAGAAAAACUAGAAUUAGUCUUGACCGGAAAGUUGUGGGUAGAGGGAAAUAAUGAUGAGGGCUUUCUGUGAUGUCUGCUGGAGUUUAUGGAGGAUAACUGAUACGCUUCUUGCUUCUUGACAACCAAGGCAGACACAGAGAGGUGAGAACAGGAAGAGGAGACUGACUGAUGGACAGGAGAGGAGAGGAGAGCAGCUGAAAAGGGGGAAAUGGAAAAGGGAAAAAUGUCAAAUCUGGUGCAUUGGAAGUGGUCCUGGCAGGAAACUGAAGUUACCAUAGCGACCUAGUGAAAGCUCUGCAGCAAGUAAGAGGCGAGGGAGAGCCAGAGAGAGAAAGAGAGCAGACCUUGAUGUAUUGUGUCUCACAGACUUGGUCUUUUAUUGCAAGAUUUUGACCAUGGCUGAAAAUACUGUGAAUAAAUGCAAACAGAUAAUCGACUUUAUCAAUAUUGAAUUCUCACUGACAUUAUUCAUCAGUGUUUAUCAUUACCACCAGUAUAGGCGAGGACUUUAAAUCCUUUGUUGUUGUUAAGUUAAUCAAAGCCCGGACUCAUCAGUGAAUUGUGCCACUGGCUGACAAUCCUUAGCUGAAAGGAUAUGAAGCAGAACUACAUAUCCAUUUACAUCAGUACAUUCUUUGUAAUGCGGACGGUAAUUGGUUGUCUUUGAUGCGUUAGACUGCUGAGACUGCUGACUUUAAUAAGCUUAUCCACCAGCAUGAAGGUACAGAUAGGACUCCUGCUAUUGACAACCAAGAGGAUAAAUAAAAAACACUUGGUUAAACACAUGACUGCACAUAGUAAUGCCAAUUGUUGCACAUAACAGGAUCCAGUUUUAUUUUCAUCAGUGCAGACACACAAAUACUCAGGAGUGGUAUCAGAGAAUGGUUUUUUUCUAUGUGAGGGACAGGACAUGCUGGGAUUGUUCAGUGCUUGUUAUCAAUCUCCCAAAACAACAAAAUUCAGACACUUGGCACAACAAGAUAACCAAAGCUGCAGCAGCUACACCCUAACAUAUUCUGCGUGUUGGUUCUCCUCAUGUUAUUUGUCUUCUUUGUGUUUCCAUAUAGGGUUAUGUUUCCCUUUGCUGAUUGCAAACCAGUAGGUAGGCCACCUGGAUGUGAGUUCCUGAGAGAUGAGGUAUUGCUUUGUCGUUACCUACCUCAUUUUUUUUUCAAAGACGGUGAUUUUUUAUGAUUGUUUUGCAAACAAGAGCAUCUGUAGUAUGAAUGUCAACCACAGAACAAAUAAGACAAUGAUUUCACACAGAUUAGACAGCACAAAUAUAAUAAAACAGUUUUGGAUCACCUGUAAGAUGACAGAUUUUUUUUUUUUUUUACUCUUUUUGGAGCAUUUUUGCCAUUAUUAGGUAAGACAGCUGAAGAGAGACACAGAUAAUGUGGAGAGUAGAGAGUGAGUGAAGACAGAGAGCAAAAGGUCAUUCUUGCAACCCUUGAAAGAAGAGGCAACUGUGAUCCUGCAGAGUUCAAUCCUCAUGUUAUAUGAAACAAGUUUACCACAACUGAACGACUGAAGCCCGUACACAAAUGCUGUGAAGGACGUCUGCACCAAAAUAGCAGAAAUGUACCAAUGACUUUUUUUUCCCACACAGACUUUCUGUUACAGUUUGAUCUCCUUUUGUAUUAUUAUUAUUAUUUUUUUUCAAAAGUAGUCCUUGCACAGUCGAGCCUAUGUGAAACUUAUUGUGAUAACAGUCAACACAGUGUUUGGUUGCCGGUCUCUCCACAAUUACUAUUGCUUUCUGCCCCCCCCCCCCUACAAAUGUCAAGACAUUCCUUGGCCAGUUCCUCAGUGUUCUUAUCACCAAGGAUUUGAGUGUGUGUGUGUGUCCGUGUUCUGUCUUGGUCAACAUUGCUUUGUUUGUAAGUUCUGUUUGAAGCUAAAGGAUAAUCUCCUCAGCUAUUCAAAGUACAACAAAGUGUCCCAUGUUUUAUACUUUUUUAUAUUUUUAUUUAUUCAUGUUUGGAACCACCUUUUUUCUGCUCCCAAGUGAAGGUUGAUGGGUAAUAAAUCAUUCCACCUUCAAUCACCACAAGUUUUAUUUCAUUUGGAGAGAUUGCCAUUGUUCACUUCCUGUUCACAGCCAAUUCUUAGCAAGCACUCUGUGUCUGUGUGUGUUUCUGUGUGUGAAUGUCUUUGUGCAGCGUCAUCUGGCACCAUGAGUGAAAGAAAUCCCAGAAAAAUCUAAUUUCUUUCCACUGCCUGUUUCAUCUGCAUUUGUCACCAUUCCAGCAACACAAACACUGCCGACAGACGUCUUGGAGAAAGCAUCCAGCGUGUGUGUGUGUGUGUGUGUGUGUGUGUGUAGAUUUCCUGAAGGCUGCCAGAGAUAUUGAGAGCUUGCUUAUGGAGCCUGCACUGAAAGCAAACAGCUACCAUCCUCAUUUACCUCAGUGAUAAAUGUUGUGGUUUACGUAUGACUUUUCAGCAAGUUUCUAUCGAUUGCUCCUUUGCAUGUGCGUGCUUUGUAGAGCAGUAGGUUGUUUGCACAGGAUAUGAAAUUGUGUGACAAAAGCUUCCGUCUGUCCUGGUUUUAGAAAAGCUGUGCAGUCUCCAUGGUUACGAGCAAGCAUGCCUCUGUCCCUUACAUUUAAGAUUGAAAAAGACUCUGAGUUAUAACUUAUAAACCAAUGUCAGGAAUGCAGUGAUACAUUUUUCAGUGUAUGUGACACAAGCAAGUUGAUUUGUAUACAUUUUCCACUUUUGUGGACAUGUAUCUAUCGUCUAGUUUUUUUUUUUUUACUACCUGCUGCUUUCAACUAGAAGUUUCUUUGGUCCUUUCUAAAAGUUUGGAGAAAAAGUCAUUUGUAUAGAUGCAACAAUGCAUGAAAUCAUUUAAAACAUCCUAGGGCGUGGAGGAAAUUGUAUGUGAUCAACAGGUUAUGGGAUAAAUACAAGAUCCAUACAGAGCAUGACUCAUCCAUCUGUUGGCUGGGCUUGAAAUCACACACACAGGCACACACUCACACACACAUAUACAGUAGCACUAGCAAAAACAGUGGGAGGGGACAGUAAAUAAUUGGCAGCUUCUUUUCCAGGAGCAAGUGUUUGUUUUUAUGUCAAUUAAAGAAACAAGGGUUCAGCUUAAUGAGGCUAAUGAGAUAGCACCUCAUUUAGCUCUGUUAGUUUAACAAUCUGUCAGUGGAGGAGCAAAACACACUGCACACACACACACACACAUACACACACACGCAAACACACACACACACAAGUGCGCAUAAUGGUGCCCUAUUAAACACCGAACAGGAAAGAUAGUUAUUUGUGUUGGGUUGGCUUGAAAAUAUUGAAACUGAAAGCUAAUAAUGAAAACUUUAUAAUUAUAACACACUUCAAGCAUUUUGAAUUUCAUAAAUAAAAGCUUUCUUCACAUAAAUUUAACAAGCAUUGUGCUUCUCCUAGUUAGACGUAUCAACUUGAUUAUUUAAAUUUCCAAUCAGUCCAAGUCAGCGUAACUAAUAAUGACUGUAAUCAGAGUGUGUUUCAUGGCUGAUGAUGAGUACACUCCAUUUCCAUUAUCAUCAUCAUCAUGGGUAUGGUUGUCUGUGUAAUCUACCCCAUAGUGACGCGUUGAAGGUUGAUGAAGCUGAUCUGCUAAUCAGCAAUUAUUAACGAGAGAGGGAGACUCUGUCCGUGCCUGUAUGAGUGGAUUUGAGUGGGAAUAUGCUCUGGAGUGGGUUAGCAUGAGUUCUGGUCACACUCGUUUGACUUUAGUGAUCGCCAUGUCAGCACAAGAAUGGUUCAGCUUACCCUCUAGUGGGGGGGUUAUGUCGUGACAAACUGUUACAGUACUACUACUAUGCUGGUGAGAGCUGAAAGUUCCUUCAAGAGGAGUUUAACCAAGUACCUAACACAUAAUUAUCUCCAGCUGUCCUCGCCCAAAUCAAAAUUCCUUUCAUGCUAGACUCAGAGGGUUUUUUUGCUCAUCUUUAUCUGCAUUUAGAAGACUCUUUUAAUUUCCAUUUUGCCCUUUAAACUCGUGAUUAGGUCUCAGUUGUGUGUAAAGAAUAUCUGGCAUAUUCAUCAGGACAAGAAAGAAAGGAGAUUCGACGCUCGAGAAUUUGAUGUGAAUUUUAAGUUUUCCUGUGCUCCGUCGCCUUUUCUGUCUGCUGAUGAAGUUGUGAUUUGUUUUGAGCUAAGCAACGAAAAAUUUAAUUGAGUUGUUAAAGGUUCAAUGAAGCAAAAAGAGUCUCUUUUUAAAAAGUGACAAGUGGGUAAAAGGUAGAUUCUCGCAGAGUCCAAUCACACUUCCCGCAUACUGUCUUUUAAAUAUUUAAUAAAAUAAAGCAGAAAGAGAAACACACUCACUGAUAUCAUCUGUGUUGCCUGUAAUAAAGCCCAGGGUUGUUAAAAGUUAUUCAUGCAGGGUAGCUGUGUAAUAUUUGCAAAACCCACAGCUUCCUAAAUGGGUGUCCUUCACUAAUGACUAACCAUAUUCCCAGGUUGCUACAGAUAUUUGCAUAGCAAAUCCUUGAUUCCAGGCUAGAGACUGAGGCCCAGUCAAAUGUGAGAUAGCAGGUGUUCCAGGUUGUAGUCAUGGUGGUUUGUUUUUUCGCCUUUCUGUUUGAUUACUGUUUCUGUGUUCUGCAUGGUUGAAUGCUGAGCCACAAAGCAGUGCUGGUUAUCUAUCUUUCUGUGCAACACACACAUACACACAUGCAGAGUGAGACAGUACAGUCCAAUUUAUGUACACCGCCAGCUGUUCACACCCAUCAAAACUGGCAAUCACAAGCACUGUAGUGCAUCUCAGACAAGGUGGACACGAAACUGAAUCUCUUUCACAGUGAUUAAUUCAAACAACAGACAAUUAAACAUGGACUAGACUGACACCACAGAUGGGACAAAAUGUGUCUGUUAAACAUUGACUGACACUCCAAACUGCAGGUCAGUACAUGGUUUACCUGACCCCCAUGGGACCGCAGUAACAGUUUUGAGUGGGCACUUUGUUUGGCUGUGACCUUCAUUAAUCAGGUUGUCUAUUCACCCCGGACUACACAUGGCCAGCUCUCAGCCUGGCAGCCAGGACGUGGGAACGUUUGAUGAUGGAUUAAAAGAGGAAGACACCGGGGUUGUUUUAAAGCCAGGAGAUGAACUCUGUGAUUUAGGUCUGUUUUGCGUGUACAAUCCUCUCCUGCUUUCUGUCUUUCUCAUUUAGUUCAACUCUUCCUUCAGGCUUCAUUUUCUUCAGUAUAAUUCAUAUUUAUCAGAGAGAGUCCUAUCAGCAUGGUAAUCAUUUUACCUGUCUUCUUAUUCUUGUUGCUUUUCCAUUAUCGGCUCAAUUUUUCUCCUUCUUCACAAACAAUUAAUCAAUCUCCUCCUGCCAGGUGCAAGUCAUCUAUCUCUCUCUAUCUCGUCCUCUUCUCUUGCUCAUCUGCAUGCUGUUCCGUCUUUACACUCUCUGUCUCCUUCUCCUUCCAUUAAUUCUUUCUCUCUGUUUGUCUCUUCGGUAGCUGUGUGUGGAAUAUAAACUUCACUCAGAGAGGAUGUCCUGUGCCAUAUUGUUUCCCCUGUUUACUGUGAUCAAUGCGCCUUGUUAUCUUGCAUACGUUUGUUUCUUUCAAGCCUUGCAACACCUGAUCGAUAUUCUUAGUAUAGACACUGACACAUCACUUACUGCAUCCUUCUCAGCAUGCAUGGGUUCAUAGAUCAAUAACAAUGAUUCGAGUUCGUUUUUAUUGAGAGCCCAUUCACAAAAUAACUCAUGGAGAGGAAAGUCCUCUAUAAUCCUGAUGUAAAUCUGUUGUAGAUGAAGAUUCAUGCUUGAGGACUUAUGCCCUUAAACUUUUAAUGCAGAUCAGUCUUUAAUGAAAGUAGUACUUAGUGGUAGGAAAGUUCACAGAAACUAAAAUCUCUUUGUUUAACCUGAAAAAAAAAACUGCAACAGCAAAUGAGAGAGGAACAAGGGAUUGUCUGCUAAAAUUAAUGGGUUGUUUAUCCCGUUUGUUACAACAGCUAGGGGUGCUAUUAAAAAAAAAUCAUGCAUGCUGAAUUACUGUUACCUGAUUUUUGCUAAAGGAGAACUUGGUCGUCUCAAAUUAGAUAAAUAAAGUGUAAAAUGAUCUGCUCACAGCUUUUAUCUGAUUCAGUAAAACAGCUGACAGGUGCCUGAGACUGUAAAAUAGGCCCAAACAAACAAGUAACCACAUUUUCAUCUAUCUUAAGAAACUCUGCUGGUUUUAGGCUUUAUUUUAAGCUGCAAUUUACAAUGCUGAAAAUGACUAAAAGAGUUGCAGAUUCACAAUUAAUCACAGCAGAUGUUCUGCUGUUCGAAUCAAUCAUACCAAGAAAAGGGGAUGCCUUGUAAGGAGAAGUUUUGUAAACAUACCUUUUUGACUUUGUGUAUGGUGAAGGAGCUACGCUGUUAUGUUCAUCAUACGUUACGUUACCCACGCUACUCGAUGAUGCGCGCGUUGAUGACUCAAAACAAGUCGAAAAUAACGUGUGCUGUUAAGGUCUCAUAGUGCGAGUAGAAAUCAUUAGUGGUGCAUUGAUAUUUAUGCUACUAAUGCUAUUAAUGCUACUUGCUAUUAAUGCUACAAGCGCAUCAAAUAGACUGCGUGUAAGCUUGAACAUUACCUUUCACGUUGAUGGAAGAGGGUCCAAUGGGAUUUGAUGCGCUUGUUGAUGACUCAAAACAAGUCAAAAGUGACGUUGUUUGUUGUUGUGCUCACACAGUGCUAGUAGAAAUCAUUAGUAGCGCAUUGAUAUUAAUGAUCAUGUGAAAUUUCAGUUGUGAAGCACUUAAUUUGAAUGAAUGUAAGGGAAACACUGGUGCUGACUCGUGUCAAAUAGAGGUGUACAAUGAGCUAUAUUUCAAGAGGAAACAACACACCCGACCCGGCCAUAAGCGAGCAACUCCAAGACAACAGCAAGCUUCCUAGCUAAAUUUAAUGUAAGAUUCCAAGUUUACAUCACCAUUAGUGAUGGACUAGUUAGAUGCAAACAUGGCCUCGGGAAUGAUGACUAGUCAGUAGUGGGGGUUGUUCUAGAUUAUAAGGUAAGCGGGACUCUCACUGCACAUCAUCACCUACUCUUUACUCCCCAUAUUUCCUGUUUUUCCUCAGCUGUGUUAUCUAUAAGGAGCAAAAAGGCCAAAAAUACGUUAUAAAUUAAAACAGAAAAAAACUAGAACAUUUGAGCGUCCAACCCGGAGUAUUAUGUCAGAGAAAAAUGUCUGCUUUAUGUGGUCAGUUAGGUGUGUUAUGAGAGUUUGUUUACACCAUCAAAUUCCCAUCAGAACCUCAGUCACGAUUCCCCUCCUCACACCGCCACACACACACACCCACACACACACACACCCACCCACACUGCCUUGACUACUUUAAUGCCUUUUGCUGUAAAAGGGCUUUUCCAAUGUUUGCUGGGAAAGCGUCCAGAGGAGAUCCUGAGAGAUGGAGGCAGAGCAGACGCAUAAGAGAGGAAAGGGAACCAAGAGGGUGGGGUGGACUGUGGGACUGCCCAGAGGGGUUUCUCCUGCCAAGGCAGCUCAGAGGAAUGUUUUGUGGGCUAUCUGUGUUUGUGUUCCCAUGAUGAUCCCAUGAGUCUUAGCAGUCAGCAGCUGACCAGUUUGUCACAUCACAGAUCUAUUGUUGCAGCUCUAUUGCCAAGGCUAACAGUCGGUCCACACAGCCAUCUGUCUCCAUGUACUGACCCACUGGUUAGCAGCUAGCUGCUCAGAGAGCCAACCCCUCUCCUCUUCUGCCUUAUGGACUCUGAGUUUAAAAGGCUUGAUGCUCUAAUAUAUGACACUGAGUGCAUUUCAAUCAUUUCAAUUGCCAUGAGCCAUUUGAGAGGGCAUUGUGCGUCCGGUCGUAAUGGCGUUUAAACGGCAUCAUAUUCCCGUAGCCUGCCUCAUUACAGGCUGCUUUCAGACCCAAGGAAAAUUACACUCACAAGCAGCAGAAUCCUUUAUAGGUGACCCUCCAAUAACCCUACAACCAUAUCGUCUUUGUCAAGGUCAGUCAUGCUCAUUGUUCUGCUUUGGCUGGCAGGAAGGAAGGCAUCAACCUUUCCCUCCCCCUAGGCCAGGGUGCAUUGUUUUGUACAGGGUGGUUCUGUUGAUAUUAAUAACAAUGUUAAAUUUGCCAGUACUUGGAGGGUGAACUUUGAUGGCACAAAGAUAGCAUGUUAUUAUGAAAUGUCCUCUUAAAUGGCAUGGAAUUAUAAAACUAAGCAUAGGUGAGACCUGGGACCUGCAGACUAAAGGCAAAUUCAAGUUACAAGAAUGACAUUUGAAAUACCUUUUUUUUUCAAUAAGAGCUGAUUUUUGGCAUUGAUGUCAGACAUAGAUUUGGUUUUCCCUAUUAUUACAACAGUGAUAUGGAUUUUAUAUCAGGGUUCAGUGCAAGUCAAAUCAAUUUCUUCUUUUUGCUUAACUUUUGUUUACAAGUGCAUGUGGGUCCUUGUUCUAGUAUGCUUCCUCAGUCAGAACGAUAGGCUACAAUCGUUCAGAAUACAAUUGUUAAGUGUGUUUUAACUUGGCACAAAAGUUGCUCAUAGGAAAAUGUAAGGCCAGAAAACGGGCAUAAACAUGCCUUAUGCAUUAUAUAGCCGUUGGUAAGUUAGUUUCAAAAUUAAAGUGUCUCAUAGACAGUUAUUAGAUAGAUUGAAUGAAUAUACCCAAAUAUGCUUUUAUUUUGAAAACAGUUGUUGGAGAAGCUGUUCUAGCACCUCAUGCACCGACAGACGUGAUGUUACAGUUGUACUUCGAUGCUUUUUCGAACACUUUUUCAAGUAAGGUUGCUCAAUUUUAUCAUCUUGGCACACGCAGGCUAUGUUAGCUUCGCAUAUUUUGUUGAGAGUUUGAAAUGUUUUCAUGUUCUUUAUCACCCAAGAGAGUCAAAAAGGCAAUGACCCCCCAGGUUAGCAUGAGUAAAACCAUAACAAGAACCAACUGUCAAAUGUUAGAUUAUUUGACAUUGUCUGUCAUUGGCUAUUAUCAUGCCUCAAUGCUAUAAAGCAUAAAAACAACAAAGACUAGAUUUAUUUUGACAGGUAGCUUACAUAGGUGCAGCUAAUUAUCAAAACUGAUGGCUGUAUUUCAUUGUGGUGUCAGUAUUGCACAUACUUGCACUUCCAGCACCUACCAGUUAAUUUCUUAAAUAUUAUUAAAUAUUAAUGUCGUUGCCUUUUUUUAUUGAAACUUUAUUGAAAUAAUUAAUUUUUUAGUACUUCCUGCAUGAAUGCUCAGUUUCACAUUCCGUGAAAUACUGUCAUCAUCCACAUGUUUGGAUGUAAAAUAUUGACCUCUUGGCCUCAGCAACUUUUACCUGACAGAGUUAUGAAUGAUCAGAUUUAUUAAUAAUAGGGAUUCACAUUGCAGUUUUUUUUACAGUUGGGAUUAUUCAGGGUUUGUCAAAGACGCCUCUCUAAUAUUGUCUCUGAAUCUGGAACAGAUUUGGCCAGACUGUAGUUUAUCCUACAAAUAUGAAUUCUUAUCUGUGUCUCUGUCUUAAUGUCCAUAUAAUCUAUAAGAGUAUUAUUUUGAAAUUGACUGAUUAAGCGCUUUUAAAUACAGUUGCCAGUUUUUGACUAAUUUUCCCCCUUCACUUGGUACAGGGUCUGUAAUUCUUCAAAGGUUUUACAUCCAAUACAUCUCAGGAUUUUAGCUGUACAGACCGUGCAACAUGCUGGAGUUACACCGCCACCAAAAGCCCAUCAUGGAGUUGUCUCCUCAUCCCAAAGAGUGAG